AUGUCAACCCUCCCCAAGUGGGGCCGCCCAAGCAAAAAUAAACGCCACCUGAAAAGCCGUCCAAAAAGCCACAAAAAGCCAGCGAGCCUCGUUACGCGAUUGCUCGCGAAGCGCAGCAAAAGCCCCCUUCCUCUUCUUGGAGGUGUCACGGUCCUCUGGGCGUUCAUCUGCCUCUCGAGCGGCCGCGUCGCAAUCCCACUCACCGCCGUCUUGUUCGCCACCUUCGCCAGCUGGCGGCUCCUCGGCAUAGGCACUUUUUAUGACGGCUCGCGGCGCCACUACACCAGCACACGACCUGCGAAGGCUCCUGAGGCUCCUGCGAGAACCAUGCGCUUGGCGGAGCGCGCCCUCCGCGCGUGGCACCUCGACCUCUUCACGUACGUCCUCUCCAAGGUCUGGUUUGACCUGCUCUUUGUGUACGUGCUACGCCUGCUCCCCAGGCCAUACUGCUGUCCGGUCGGCGAGUCGCCGCGCCAGCGCCUCUUCUUCUCCCUCGUGCUGAAGCAGUGCUCGGCGGCUGAGUCAACCGCCACGCCGUGCCGCGAAUCAGCCUCCGCCGCGGCGCUCCUCGCCGCGGCGGCCGCGCUCCUCGCCGCCCUCGGCCUCAUCGACCAGGGCGUGCAGAGCCUCGCUAUGCGGAACGCCUCGGCCGCCCGGCUGGUGCAGAGCGUGGCAGGGAUGUUCCUCGGCUGGGCGCUCGGCCACGCCUACGCCCACGCCAUCUCGGAGGGCGGAGGCGCGGUGUGCGGCGACGGCUGGACGUGCAGCAUCUUUGCCGAUCUCGCCUCGGCAGUGCUUGUGACCGUCUCCGCGGCCCCGCUCGUCGCGGCGCUGCUGCGGCUAGCCUCCUGCGGCGGCGGCGCCAACGCCACUGCGGCCGAGGAGAGCAGCGGCGAGCGGGACGGCGCGGGAGGCGUGCUGCGCCGGUGCGUGUGCUCCUGCGCUCGGCUAUUGGCGGGCGGGCUGAGCACGAUGACGAUGGUCGCUUGGGCGCUCAAGAGCUCCAUCAUGGAGACGGGCCAGCCGCUCGGCGCGCUGCAGGCGCUGCACGAGUCGCACGCGGACCUCUGCCGCGCGGACAACGAGAGCAGCGCCGUCUGCGCGGCGCCGCAGACCGCGGAGGCGCUGCUGCGCGACGCAUCAGAGUACCGGCUGCUGCUGCGGCGGCAGAUUGCCCCGGGCGGCUGGAGGCUGCCCCUCACCAAGCGGCUCCUCGUCCUCUGGGCGAUCUCACUUGUGCUGCGGCUUGUGUGA